AUGGCUGUAGCAGAAGAUAAUCCCAUGCCGAAUGGUGACGGCGGUGCCUUUAACAAUAUUGGACCUGAUGAAGCCCGCCGUAUCUUACGGCGCAUUGAUUGGCAUAUUAUGCCGCUCCUCUUCCUCAUUUACACCUUCAACUUCAUGGACAAGACCAUAUUGUCAAGUGCGUCGGUGUUUGGUCUGAGGGAAGAUAAUCAUCUCGAGGGCUCGAAUUAUUCCUGGGUAUCUAGCGUCUUCUAUUUCGGUUACUUCCUCUGGGCAUACCCCACGACGUUGUUAGUCGCUCGCCUGCCGAUAGGAAAAUAUCUUGCCGCCAAUACAUUCGUUUGGGGUGCGGUGGUAGCCUUAACUGCUGCAUGCUCGAGCUUUGGAGGCUUAAUUACAGUGAGAUUUUUCCUCGGUAUCGCCGAGGCAACUAUUUCGCCGGCUUUAAUGUUUAUCACGUCUACGUGGUACACCCGAGAUGAGAUUCCCGUUAGGACUGGUAUCUGGUUCGCGGGGAAUUCUGUCGGAGGCAUCAUAUCGUCACUCCUUGCCUAUGGAAUUGGUCACAUUUCCGACAAUAUCCACCCGUGGCGUUGGAUGUUCAUCGUUCUAGGUGUUGCCACUUUCCUCCUGGGAUUUGGAGUACUCUUCCUAUUGCCCGAUACUAUUUCGAGUACCAAAUUUCUAACUCCGGAAGAGCGACAGUGGGCGGGAGACCGAGUUGUGAUAGCCGGUACAGGUCGCACGGAAAACGCGACGUGGAAAUGGGAGCAGAUGCGAGAGUGUCUGCAAGAUCCCAAGACGUGGCUUAUAUGGUCCGUCGCACUACUCUGUCAGAUCCCUAAUGGUGGUACCCAGAACUUUGCAAACUUGGUUAUUAAGUCAUUCGGAUUUACGUCACUUGAGUCGACACUUAUUAAUAUCCCUUACUCCAUUAUUUCCGUCAUAGCCAUCUCCGGAACCGGGUGGAUAGCCGGACGCUUCCGAUCGAUGAAUUGUAUUCUCGUCGGUCUUAUUGUUAUUCCACCAGUUGUCGGAUCCGCGUUGAUUGGGAGCCGAAGCUCGAUUCCCCAUGGAGUCUCCCUAUUUGGGUAUUUUCUUUUAUCCACCGGACCGUCUGCGUUGCCUCUACUUUUGUCUCUUGUCCAGUCAAAUUUUCGAGGUGUCACGAAGAAAAUGACUAUGACCGCAUUGUUGUUUAUUGCCUAUUGCACUGGAAAUAUUAUCGGCCCUCAAUUGUUCAUAUCCAAUGAAGAGCCUACGUAUAGCACGGCGUUCCGUGCAAUUAUGAUAUGUUAUGCUUUGGUGAUAUGCCUCAUCGCGACCCUCAGAGUAUAUUUACAAUUAGUCAAUAAACGGAGACAACGAGAAGAAGGGAUCCAAGGUAGCUCCGGAGCUUCUGGUGCUGUUGGUGGGGGCAAAGUAGUCGACAUUGCCGACACACGUAAUAUGACUGAAGCAGUCAAUGAGGUUCAACUAAGACCAGAAGACUACGAAGAUACAACGGAUUGGAACAGUUUUGGGUUUCGCUACAGACUCUAA